UCGUAGCUUUUCCCGCCAACCAAUGGCAAUGGGUGGAGGUGGUGCUGUGGUGGAAACCUCUUCUUAUCGACAGAUUUGCUCGGUUUAAAAAAUAUACAGCACGCGACAGUUUAGAACCCACGGCAGUUGCGAUUUGAACACCGGGUGGAUAGCUAGCACAGGAUUAGCGUGAACUCAAGUGACUAAACCUUAACUCGGCUCGCGGGCAGUGCUAAUUUGUGACAGAAGCCUUCAGUGCCUAUUGGGCAUCUCGGGAAGUUUUCUCCCUCUAAAUUCUCUCUCAUAUGGCAGAGUUCUCGAUCAUCUAAAAUAAUCUACCCAAAAACAUGAGAGCCAAAAGCGCAAAUCCUUUGGUCGUCCGGUACCGGGAUGCUACCUACGACCUGACAGAGUUCGCCCAUAAACAUCCCGGUGGCCUGAACACGCUUAACGGUCUUCACGAGAAGGACAUGCAGGAGCGCUUCGAAAAGGCACCGGGACACUCGGCCGCUGCCCGAUAUCUAAUGAACGAGUACAAAAUCUGUGAUAAAAAUAACAAUAGUGACUCCACCAUUUAUAAAGAUGAUAGCAGUAACAGUAGUAAACUGUCAGCCCCUUCUAAAGAUAACCACAUGAAUGGUGCACCAAAGAAUGGUCUUCUGAAUGGAAGCAGAAAGCUCAACGGUUUUACGACGACGACGACUACGGGCGGAAUUCCGACGAGUACCGAUGAAAGCAUGGAGCACUUGGUAGAUUGGACUAAACCUAUGCUCUCUCAAAUUCCGACUCUCGGAAAACACUACUCAGAAUGGGUCAACAAACCGGUCGACCGGGAGCUACGCCUAUUUGGUCCACCAUGGCUCGAAAACCUCACCAAAACACCCUGGUGGCUGGUUCCUGGCUUCUGGAUACCAACCAUCUUCUUCCUCAUCCACCUGGGAGUGCGAGAGCAGCUCUCCAGAAGCCCCGAUGAUCCCGUAUCCAUCCGGGAUCACCUCUCGCUGACAGUUUUCGUGAGUUUAGCGAUCGGGGUGCUGGUGUGGACUCUGCUCGAGUACACCCUGCACCGAUGGGUAUUCCAUCUGGAUCCCAAGGAUAACAAGUUCCUGCAUACCUUCCACUUCCUGCUGCAUGGACUCCACCAUAAGGUUCCGUUUGAUCCCUACCGGUUGGUGUUUCCACCUGUUCCGGCUGUGUUGCUGGCAACAUUUUUCUACCAACCGGUCCGGUUGCUGCUGCCGCAUCCGCUGCUGAUGCUGUCCGGUGGACUUAUAGGAUAUCUAACGUAUGACAUGAUACAUUACUACAUCCAUUAUGGAAGUCCUAACGGAGGCCAUCUGUAUCACAUGAAGCGAUACCACUACCAGCAUCACUUUGUGCACCAUGAACAAGGUUUCGGCAUCAGCAGCACCCUGUGGGACGACAUUUUCGGCACAACUAUAGUGCUGAGGAAGCUGAAGUACCUUUUGAAGUGGUGAAAACAAUACGCCACACGAUGCCUCGUUUCGAGAAGGUGUUAAUUUUUUCUUUUCUAUAAGACCAAAAUUUUAUUUUGAUUUCUUGAUUGAUUUCUCACGACAGUGAGAGGAACGGAAGCCACGAAGGAAGUUGCGAAAGGAUUUUUUCUCUAAAAAAAACUUCUUGUCAUUUAGAGUUAAAUUAUGUUUUAUUGUCUCUAAUGUAAAUAUCUUACUGAAUAAAUGAUAAGUAACUGCAUCAUUAUCGAUUACAAUACGUCACAGAAAAUGCCAAUAAUUUUGCCUGUUUCAUUACAUGCAACUUUAAAGUAAAACUAUAGCUACUACCUCUCUAAAUGCAUGAGGUCGAUAAUUUAAAUGUGCCUUUAAAUAGUUCGGGAGGGUGCUUAACGGAACUGUUGGCUCUAAUAGUCUAGCUUUUUGAGUCUUAAUCUAUGAGGUGCAGUCGGGUUUCCCUGAUUGGAAGAACAAAAUAAAAUUA